GUUGGCCUUGGGUGGAGUGAAAGAGGCAUAUGGGAGGGGCUGGGGAGGUGCUCGGGGCUAGCUAGAGCACCCUGUCUCUGGGUUAAAAGCUGGAAGUCCUUGGUCCUGUGGCUGCUGCCUCAUCAUUCCUGCUCCUGAGAACUUGGCCUCAUGGCUCUGGCAAAGGUGCCUGGCACCUGCCUGCUCACUGUGCGGGUCCUGCAGGCCCAUGGUCUGCCUUCCAAGGACUUAGUGACCCCCUCUGAUUGCUAUGUGACUCUGUGGCUGCCCACGGCCUCCAGCCACAGGUUUCAGACACGCACAGUCAAGAACAGCAGAAACCCCAUCUGGAAUCAGAGCUUUCACUUCCGAAUCCACAGCCAGCUCAAGAAUAUCAUGGAAUUAAAAGUCUUUGACCAGGACCUGUUGACCAAAGAUGACCCAGUGUUGUCAGUGCUUUUUGAUGUGGGGACCCUGCAGCUUGGGGAGUUCAGUCACCAGAGCUUCUCGCUGAGCUCACAGGGUGAGGAGCGGCUGGAAGUUGAGUUUCAACUGCAGAGCCUGACAGACUGCGUGGAGCAGCUUAUCAGCAAUGGCAUCCUGGUGGCCCGGGAGCUCUCCUGCUUGCAUGUUCAGCUGGAAAAGACUGGGGACCAGAAGGGGUCAGAGACCAGAGUUCAGCUUGUAGUUCCAGGGGCCUGUGAGGGUCUUCAGGAGGCCUCUGUGGGCACUGGCUCUUUCUGUUUCCAUUUCCCAGCCUGCUGGGAGCAGGAACUGAACAUCCAUCUACAGAAUGACCCUCAGGAACAACUGAAGGUGCCACUACAGACCCUGCCUACUGACCAGUUGGUGAGACUCAUCUUUCCUACAUCACAGGAACCCUUACUGAGGGUGGAACUGAAGAAAGAAGAAGGCCCACAAGAGCUGGCUGUGCGUCUGGGCUGCAGGCCCUGUGCAGAGGAGCAGGCCUUCUUGAACAGGAGGAAGCAGGUGGUAGCUGGGGCCCUGAAACAGGCCCUGCAGCUGGAUAGAGACCUGCGUGAGGAUGAGAUCCCAGUGGUAGCUGUUAUGGCCACUGGCGGAGGGAUCCGGGCAAUGACUUCCCUAUAUGGGCAGCUGGCUGCCCUGAAGGAGCUGGGCCUCUUGGAUUGCAUCUCUUACAUCACAGGGGCCUCAGGCUCCACCUGGGCCUUGGCCAACCUCUAUGAGGACCCAGAAUGGUCUCAGAAGGACCUGGCAGGGCCCACCGAGUUGCUGAAGACCCAAGUGACGAAGAGCAAGCUGGGUGUGCUGGCUCCCAGCCGGCUGCAGUGGUAUCGGCAGGAGCUGGCUGAGCGUGCCCGCCUGGGUCACCCAACCUGCUUCACCAACCUGUGGGCCCUCAUUAAUGAGGCGCUACUGCAUGAUGAGCCUUGUGACCACAAACUCUCAGAUCAAAGGGAAGCCCUGAGUCGUGGCCAGAAUCCUUUGCCCAUCUACUGUGCCCUCAACACUAAGGGGCAGAACCUGACAACCUUUGAAUUUGCUGAGUGGUGCGAGUUCUCCCCCUAUGAGGUCGGCUUCCCCAAGUAUGGGGCCUUCAUCCCCUCUGAGCUCUUCGGCUCUGAAUUCUUCAUGGGGCAGCUGGUGAAGCAGCUCCCAGAGUCCCGCAUCUGCUACCUGGAAGGUAUCUGGAGCAAUCUAUAUGCAGCCAGCCUCCAGGACAGUUUGUACUGGGCCUCAGAGCCCAGCCAGUUCUGGGACCGCUGGGCCCAGGAUCAGGCCAGCCUGGACAAGGAGCAGGUGCCCCAUCUGAAGAUAGAAGAACCACCCACAAGAGCUGGCAGGAUUGCUGAGUUUUUCACUGACCUUCUGACGAGGCGCCCACUUGCCCAGGCCACUCAUAAUUUCCUACGUGGCCUCCAUUUCCACAAGGACUAUUUCCAUCAUCCUCACUUCUCCACCUGGAAAGCUACCAAACUGGAUGGGCUCCCCAAUCAGCUGACACCCAUGGAGCCCCACCUUUGCCUGCUGGAUGUCGGCUACUUUGUCAAUACUAGCUGCCCACCCCUCCUGCAGCCCACCCGGGAUGUGGACCUCAUCCUGUCACUGGACUACAAUCUCCAUGGAGCUUUUCAGCAGCUGCAACUCUUGGGCCGGUUCUGCCAGAAGCAGGGGAUCCCAUUCCCACCCAUCACACUCAGUCCAGAAGAACAGCACCAGCCUCAGGAGUGCCAUGCCUUCUCUGACCCUGCCCAGCCUGAAGCCCCUGCUGUGCUGCACUUCCCUCUGGUCAAUGACUCCUUCCAGGAAUACUCAGCCCCUGGGGUGCGGCGGACACCUGCAGAGAAGGCAGCUGGGGAGGUCAACCUCUCUCCUUCUGACUCCCCAUACCACUACACAAAAGUGACCUACAGCCCAGAGGACACAGACAAGCUGCUUCACCUGACACAUUACAAUAUCUGCAACAACCAGGAGCGGCUGCUGGAGGCCCUGCACCAGGCCGUGCAUCGGCGGAGACAGAAGCAGCAACACAGACCUGAGUGAUACCAGGGAGGUGCACUGGCUGGGCUCCCACCUGGUGCCUGCCAGCUUUGACUCUUUGAGCAUCACCAAAUGUUCUGGAGCUCUGAUGUCCAUGCAUAGCUCAACCAAGGUGUAUUCUGAGGAUCAUCUAGAGGUGGCAGUGAAGCCAAGCAAUGACUCUAUCCACAGCAUCCAGGCUGAAGCCUGUAAGCAGAGAGGCUGGACUCCCUUCCUCCUUCAGAAGGCUGGGAGUGAGGGGCCCAGAUCAUUAUAGCUGUAGUUAGGACCAGUCUCCACAUGGAGAGGACCAGGGCUACCUUCUUUACCAAGGGGGAUGGGAUUUGGGGCUCAACAUUUCCAUGACAGCAAUGGGUAGAGAUGGGGAUAAAGUGGCCAAAUGGACAGAGUAAAGUGGAGCACUUUAUGUAUUACAGCGGCUCUUGCAAAUAGGAAGUACUGUCUGAAAUUAUCUGUCAUCCCAGGCUCUUAGUUGCAUAUGGUCAGGACUGGCUUAAAAAGCAAAUUGACACAUCAUCUCCCCAGGUACCUGGUGUAGUGAGCUCAUCAGUGCAGAUUCCCCUCAAGGAGCAGGGCAUCUGCUUGGGUCACCCUUUCUAAGCAGAGUGGAGACCAGUGGAGUCCAGGGGUCACUAAUGCUGUAGCUCUGGCCUUGCCUAGGUUAGCAGACUCCCAGGCUGACCUCUUCACCCAUGCAGGGAUCUUGAGGUGAGGCCACAGUCCAGUUAAGGGACUGUUUCUUGCCACAUGGUAGGGGUUGCCAGACUUGGGAUCAGAUGAACCAAAGAAAGAGACUAGUAACAGUGAGAUAACUAGCAGCUUGUGAUCAUGAUGGGAUACAUCUAACAGGAACUGUCUAUCCCAGAAGCAGCCAGGGUAGGGAUGUCCUUGUGCUGAUAGUUGUCACUGGUUCCCCAGAUAGAGUCUUCACGUGGCACCUGGAGGUUUGGUAUUGCCCUGGGGUUCACUUCAAGGCCCAGGCCUGUUGAAAGAAGAGAGAGAGAAAGAGAGAUAGGAACUGGCCAUCCCAGAAUCUUCCCUGAGCAGUCAUCAAGCUCUCUGGCCUCUCUUGGAACACUCCUUCUAGAAGCUAUUUCUAGAAGCUGACAGGCAACAACAGUUUUGUAGAAAGAAUGGGAGGUAAUUUCCUUGAUUCUCAUGAUUCAACUUGCUAUAGCUGCCAGACCUGACCAAGUGACUCUCAGAUCCUUCUCUAGGCAUGUGUCUGGAGUCACAGAGCAGAAAAAAAAAAUGGCUAUCCUGGUA